UUUGCAGAGAGGACUUUACCCAAGAUUAAUUCAGGAUGUACAGCUGAUGAUAAAUGAGCUUGAAAAUGUAACUGUCCUUUGGGAGGAACUAUGGCUCAGCACACUUCAAGAUCUUCACAUGGAUGUAAUGAGGCGUAUAAAUGUGCUAAAAGAGGAGGCGGCACGGGUUGCCGAGAAUGCCACUCUUAGUCAGGUUGAAAAGAACAAGAUAAGUGCUGCCAAAUAUUCAGCCAUGAUGGCUCCCAUUGUUGUGGCUUUAGAGCGUCGUCUAGCUUCAACUUCUCGAAAACCAGAAACACCUCAUGAAAUGUGGUUCCAUCAAGAGUAUGAAGAACAAUUGAAAUCCGCAAUCCUGGCCUUUAAGACCCCUCCUAUGUAUGCUGCUGCACUUGGUGAUGUAUGGCGCCCAUUUGAUAACAUUGCUGCAUCCCUGGCAUCUUAUCAGAGAAAGUCAUCAAUAUCUUUAGGAGAAGUUGCUCCACAGCUUGCUCUAUUAUCAUCUUCAGAUGUUCCAAUGCCUGGUCUGGAGAAGCAAGUUUCCUUAUCUGAAUCCGAAGGGGGUCUUGCUGCCACUCUUCAGGGAAUUGUCACAAUUUCAUCUUUCUUGGAUCAGGUGACAAUUUUAUCAACCAAAACAAAACCUAAGAAGCUUGUUAUACUGGGUUCAGAUGGGAAAAAAUACACUUAUCUCUUGAAAGGGCGGGAGGAUCUGCGCCUUGAUGCAAGAAUAAUGCAGCUGCUGCAAGCUAUAAACAGUUUUUUGCGUACAUCUCCUGAAACUCAUUGUCAUUCACUUGGCAUUCGCUAUUAUUCUGUGACUCCAAUUAGUGGUCGGGCUGGUCUCAUCCAAUGGGUGGAUAAUGUGAUAAGUAUAUAUAGCAUCUUUAAGUCUUGGCAAAAUCGUGUCCAGCUUUCACAACUCCCAGCCUCAGGUGCUGGUAAUACGAUCAAUUCAGCUCCUCCUCCUGUUCCCCGACCAAGUGACAUGUUCUAUGGUAAAAUUAUACCAGCAUUGAAAGAGAAAGGCAUAAAGAGGGUUAUUUCACGAAGAGAUUGGCCUCAUGAAGUAAAGCGGAAAGUUCUACUGGAUCUUAUGAAAGAAGUCCCGAAACAGCUUCUGCACCAAGAACUUUGGUGUGCUAGCGAAGGGUUUAAAGCCUUCAGCUCAAAAUUGAAGAGGUAA